AUGGCCAAGGUUAAGAAUUCUAGCGAAAACAUUUCCUCCCGUCUUGCCCUUGUGAUGAAGUCUGGCAAGGUCACCAUGGGAUCCAAGUCUACCAUGAAGACCCUCCGCAACGGUAAAGCCAAACUAGUCCUCAUCGCCGGAAACUGCCCUCCCCUCCGCAAGUCCGAGCUCGAAUACUACGCUAUGCUCGCCAAGACUCCUGUCCACCACUUCAAAGGAAACAACAUUGAACUCGGAACUGCUUGCGGUAAGCUCUUCCGAUGCUCCAGCAUGGCUGUCCUUGAUGCUGGUGACUCGGACAUUCUUACCCACGGACAGUAA